AUGCAAAGUUCAAGUAGAAUUCCGCGACGAGUUGGCGGUGAUCGAGACAGUGAAUCAUCGAAUACGGAAGCAGAAGACGAUGGAAAGGGAAGGGAACGGAAAAUAUCUCUAACGGAUCAGGGGAAAGCAGCGAAGCUACUGAGGCAGAGGUUAGCCUUCGCGUUGGCGACCAACACAAAACUGAAAUCGGAUUCUAGUAAUAGCGAAUCUGAUCAAGAAAUAUCUGGUAAAGAUUUGAAAACGAGAAGGGAAAGAAAGACGGCUUUCAUACCGCGAAAAAACUCGCAAGGUCCUCAACAAACCGCGAUAAAACCGCCACGGCCACCACUAACAGAUGGCGGCGGUAUUUCACACAAUGUCGUCAAAAGUCAAAAUUAUUCAGCGACGAAUUUCUCCCUGAGAAGUGGCGUUCCAUUUGAAAACAAUGCUCAAGUGAAAACUUCGAUAACGAAUUUACCAUUUCCAAGUCGAAAAGAAAGAGAGGGGAUUUCAUCUUCGGCAAAUGAUAAAGUUGUUUCCGAGGAUGUAAUUGAUACGAGACGGUCACGAGUUCCGCCUAGCCACGACGACUCACCACCGAACAGUCACGGAAAAGCCACGAAAAAGUCCGAAGACAGUACCUCUCCAACCCAUAACAGUCUCGAUGUCAUCUACGUUAUAGAGAGUGAAUUAGUCAAACUGAAGGAAGACAUGCAUCAAACGACGGAAUAUUUCCAAGAAAUGAACGUGUCAACUCUUCAAGUAAAAAAGAAACUUGAAGAAUUAAGGGAACUAAGAACCAAUUCUGUGAUCUAG